AUGAGUUCCUCUCUAUCGGUUCUAUUUUUGGUCAUCGUUUUCUAUGGAAGUUCUGCAGUUGGUGCGAAGCUGGCGGAGCUGGGUGUCGAGAUUCGGUAUGUGCCGUGUGAAAGGUUUGUGGUGAAGGGCGAUUUUGUGCACGUCUACUACACUGGACGCCUGUACGAGACCAAGGAGGAGUUCGACUCAAAUGUUGGCGGUGAACCCCUUGGGAUAACUGUCGGUGCGGGCCAGGUUAUUGCUGGCUGGGAGAAGGGACUCAUCGGAACCUGCGAGGGUGAACAGCGGCGACUCCUGAUCCCCAGUGAGAUGGCCUACGGAAGCCGCGGCUAUUCCAACCUCAUUCCUCCGAAUUCCGAUCUGGAAUUCGACAUUGAACUCGUGCGAAUAGAUAAGAGGAAUGAUGAAUUGUGA